AUCACCAAAAUGUUUUUGACCUAUCCAAAAAGGAUUGCAAGUAACGCAAGCGUCUUGAUGACCAAGAAUACUUUUUUUUUCCGGGAGAAAAAGGAGGUAUGAGAUAAAUAGAAAUUUAGGAUAUUACUAACACAUUUAUUGAAAAUGGCUGAAGCAAAGAAAGCUAUGGCUGAAGCAAAGAAAGCUAUAGCAGAACAAAAACUGAAAGAACUGAGGAGGAAAAUGGAUGCUGAUUUUGAUAAAUACUUAGCAGAUACGAUUGCGAGACAGAAAAAAGAACCUGCCCCUGAAGUAGAGGAGACGGACGAAGAAUGGGAAGAGAGAUUAGAUAAAUUGAUGAGGCAUCCAGCCUUUGCAAAGGAAGUUGAUUUCAGUAAACCACUCCAUCCUGCCAUGGAAGGGCUGAUGCGUUUAAAGUAUGAAGAUGAAGAUCCAACAGCCCGUGCUGAAUCAUUCAAAGAUGAUGGAAAUGAAGAGUUUAAAAAGAAGAAAUAUGACGUUGCUAUAGAUAAUUAUACUGAAGCGAUAAAGUGUGAGUGUCCAGACCGUCAGCUGAAUGCAGUGCUGUACAGUAAUAGAGCUGCGGCCCAGUAUUUCCAGGGGAACUACAGAUCAGCAAUGCAUGACUGUAUUUUUGCCAGAAAGUUUAAUUCGACACAUAUGAAGGCUAUUACGAAAGGUGCUCAGUGUUGUAUGGAAAUGAAGCGGUACAAUGAAGUUGACAGGUGGUGUUCAGCAGGACUGAUGAUGGAACCCACGAAUGAAAAACUGUUGGAAAUGAGAUUAAAAGCAGCUAAGUUGCUGAAAGGACAAGAAAGAGACCAGCGAAAGGAAGAUUCCAAAGACAGACAGGAGCAAGCAAAAGAAAUGAAAUUAAUCAGAGAAAUUCAGAGUCGAGGGAUACAGCUAGCAGGUUUGAAGUUAACAGACAGUAAAAUACAUCCAAGUCUCCUUACCAACCUAGAAGUGCCGAACGCGGGCAACGCCAAAGUCCACGUGGAUACCGACAACAAACUUGUGUGGCCGGUCCUCUUCAUGUACCCGGAGCACACCCAGACAGACUACGUGGAGGCCUUUAGGGAGGAUGUCAGAUUCAUUGACCACAUAGAGAACAUGUUUGGAGCACACGUUGAGCCAGCACCAUGGGACACGGACAAAAAGUACAAACAGGACACAAUACAGGUAUAUUUUGAGGAUAAAGAAAAAGAAACGCUUUAUGAAGUCGACAGCAAUGCUACCUUAAAUCAGGUCCUGUCACAUAAAAGAUUCAUCGUCCAGUUUGGAACACCUAGUUUUAUUUUGCUGAUUAAAGGAUCACGUUGUCAAAGCAAUUUUCUAAAAUCUUACAAAAAUGUAAAAUCAGCAUCAUGAAUAAAAGAAUUUAAAUCCCA